AUGAAUAUUUCUAAAGUAAUCAAUCAUUUUCUUUUAUCAAAUGAUCUGGUUGAAAAUUUUAUAAACAAUAGUAAUUUGUCAAUUCAUAAUACACCUACAACCAAUAUUAAAUAUACAUUUGAUCAUAAUAUUCAAAUAAAUAAUGAAUUAAUUUUAAUUGAUAAUAAUAAUAAUAAUAAUAAUAAUAAUAAUAAUAAUAAUAAUAAUAAUAAUAAUAAUAAUAAUAAUAAUAAUAAUAAUAAUAAUAAUAAUAAUAAUAAUAAUAAUAAUACUAAUAAUAAUAAUAAUAAUAAUAAUAAUAAUAAUAAUAAUAAUAAUAGUGUUAAUAAUAAUAAUAAUAAUAAUCACCAUAUUAGAGAUAUAGAUAUAUUAUAUAAAAUGGUAAUGGGUAAUUGUUAUAUUAGAAAAAUAAUAUUUUAUUAUAUUUUUGAUAAUAUAAUAUCAACAAUAAAAAAUAAUUUAAAAUAUAAUGAUAUUAAAUUUGAAUGGAUGGUAAACAAUAAUCAAUAUCAAUUAUUAUUUGAUAAAAUUGUUAAAUCAAAUAAUCCAUCAUUUAAUUUUACAUUACAGAGUGAUAAUAAUAAUACUAAAUAUUUAAAUAAUUCAAAUAAUAAUAUUUUAUAUUCUUUCAUUAAAUUUUUACAUAUUAUUCAACCAAUAAAUGAAAAUAAUCAAAAAAUGUUAAUUUUAUUUUAUAAUAAUAAUAAACAUAUAAAUAUAAUUUAUAAUAAUUUAAAAUUAAUAAACAAUUCAUUAAUUUCACAAUUAUUAAUAAAUGAUUUAAUAAAUGAUGAACAAUUAAGAAUUAAAAAUAAAAUUUCAUUUCAAUCAUUAAUUGAUUUAAUUUUAAAACAUGGUACAUUUGAAACAAUUUCAAAAUUUCUUAAAAAUCAAAAUAUUAUUAAUUUUAAUAAAAAAAAUAAUAAUAAUAUAUAUAAUAAAAAUAAAAAUAAUAAAAAUAAUAAAAAUAAAAAUAAUAAAAAUAAAAAUAAUAAUAAAAAAAAUAAAAAAAAAAAAAUUAAUUUCACAAAUUUAAAAUUAAAUGAAAAGUCAAUUAAUUUUGCACUUUCAUCAACAUCAAAUAAUAAACUAAUUAAGGUAUUUCUUAAAAAUAAAAUACCAAUACCAAAUAAAUUUACAAUUAAAAUUUCAAAUUUAUUAGGUAUUAAAUUUAAUUUAUUUUUAACAUUAUAUAAUCAAAUUAAAAAAAAUGUUUUAUUCACUUUAAAAAAUAUAGAGAAAUUUUUAAAAUUAAUUUCAAAUUUAAUUUAUCAAAAUAAUAGUAAUAAAAAUAAUAAUAAUAAUAAUAAUAAUUAUAAUAAUAAUAAUAAUAAUAAUAAUAAUAAUAAUAAUAAUAAUAAUAAUAAUAAUAAUAAUAAUAAUAAUAAUAAUAAUAAUAAUAAUAAUAAUAAUAAUAAUAAUAAUAAUAAUAAUAAUAAUAAUGAAAAUUGUGAAAAACAAUUAAUUAAUUUAUUUGGUAUUAUUUUUUAUUUAAUUGAAAAUAAUAAUUUAAAUUUUGAAGGUAUUGAAAUUUUUAAAAUUUUAAUUAAUAAAAUUAAACCAAUUUUUUCAUCAUAUGGAAUUUCAAUUGAUUUCAAGAAAUUAUUAUUGGUAGAUAAAUAUUAUUGGAUUGAAAAAUCAAUAAAUUAUUCAAUUGAAUUUAAUGAUUAUGAAAGUUUAGAAAGAAUUGGUUGUGAUGGUAAAAUAUUGAAUAUUUUAAUUGAAAAUGCAUAUCUUAAUGUUGACAUCAAUUUAUUUAAACUUGCAUGUUCAAGUUCGUUCCAUCCUUUCAUUUCAAAAAAGUGUCAAUUCAAUCCAAAGUAUUCAAUUGAAUUAUUAAAGAAAUUCGAUACUGGUACAAAUGAAGACUUAAUUAAAAUAAUUGAAUUUUUAAAAACAAUUAUUCAAUUUUUUAAAAGUGAUGGUUCUUUCAAUGAUAAUCAAAGAUUUUAUUUAGAAGAUAAUGAACAAUCAUUUAUUGAUAGAAACUUAUCAGUAAUUGAAUUAAUUUUAAAAUAUAUAUACACAUAUGGUAAAUCAAGAUUAACAAAUGAAAUACUUAAUCAAUUACUUGAUUUAAUUAAUUCAAUUGGUUUCAAAAUCAACGCAAACAUUUUAAUUGGUAAUUCAAAUUUAUUUACAAGUUAUCAUGCUUUUAAUAAUUUAUUCCAAUACUAUGAUGUUAAUGUUUGUCGUAAAGUAGUAAAAAGCGGUAAUUCAAAAUUAAUUAAUUUUUUAUACGAUAUUGGAUUACUUAUUAAUUAA